AAACAGCACGUACAGAGUCGAACACAUUGGCCUUUUUACUGCACGCCAGCAUCUCUUUCUCUAGUUUGUUUUGUUUUAGCUGUUUAAUACAUUUAGAAGCAAACAUGAACAAAAACAACACUUUUAUAAUUCCAAAUCAUUAAAAAUCAAAUAUCUGUGUUUAUGGUUUCCUGCCAGAGCUUCCUCUCGACAUCCUGUUCAAACCUUUUCAGCUCGACACAGAACUGACAGCAGCAUCAUAACUAACAGCUCUGCUGUACUGAAAACUGAGUCUGCUGGAAGCCGCACACCUUGAAAUGUCUUCCCACAUUUACGAGGAUCCAGAUUUGACCAUUAAAUUUAAAUAUGGCAACAGAAACGACAGAGAGGAGAGACUGGAGAGAGAAGUCGACAUCUACGAGACUUCGGUCGUCUACUCAGACCAGAAGGCUCGUUCAACACGACACGGAGAAGCGCACGCUCAGUAUCACCUCCCAGCAGCCCGACGAGACCAGUUCAGAGUUCCUGCCCUGAUACUGGGUCUACUGUGUCUCCUGUUGGCAGCGGGGCUUACAGUCUUCUACAAAUUCUACGUGGAGCUGACGUCCGAGAAUCAGAAGCUGACGUCCGAGAAUCAGAAGCUGACGUCGGAUCUGGAAAGGAUGAACUGCCAGUUUGGAAGCGACAACCAAACACAGGCGAACACCACAGAAUGGAAAAGAUUUGAGUGCAGCUGUUACUACAUUUCUACUGAGAGGAAAAACUGGACAGAGAGCAGGAAAGACUGUGAGAGGAGAGGAGCAGAUCUGCUGGUGAUAAAGACCAGGAGCAAACAUGAAUUUUUCAGAGAGCUGAAUAAACGUGGAGAAUUCUGGAUCGGUCUGGAGAGAAAGGCACAGACAAAAGACUGGUUAAAGACGUGGGAGUGGAAGUGGGUGGACGGAUCACCACUAGCACAUACAGGCUGGAAUCCAGGUGCAAAAUUAGAUCCUAAGGAUGACUUCAAAGUAUUUAUGGAUCUACAAGGAACAUGGAACUACACCAACACUGGAUCGAAACACUGGAUCUGUGAGAGAGACAUCUACUGAGAGUUUGCUGGUCACCUCUCAGUCUGACAUGUGUAACAUGUAACUGCACUGUAUCAGAUUUAAACCUUACCAAGGAUUUUAAUAGAGAAACUGAAGUCCCAGUACAGCUGUGUGAAGGUAAAACUGACAUAACGGUGUUCUGACCUUUAUGUUUUACUGAAAAGUCAACAAAAGUCUGUUGUUGUGAAAUCCCAGACUGAAAACCACAGAACUUUAAUAAUCAGGGAUUAUGUAAAAACUGUCAGUGAGUCCUAAACUGUUUCAUACAUUUAUUAAACUCCUUGAAUUAAAGCUGAAAGUCUGAACUUCAAUCACACCUGAUUUGUUAGAUUUAAAAUACGCGAUGGUGGCGUUCAGAGGCGAGAGGACCGACACUGUAACUGUUCACAUAAGAACUUGAGCUCAUUCCAUAUUUCCUCUGAAUCUGGAUGCAGUGGCAUUUUUUCUUCUCUACUUAAAAAGGAUUAAAAUACACAAAACAAUGUGUGAAAGUCUAAUCAACCAGAAAAAACACGCGUCUCCUCUGGUGGUCAGUUUUCAGUCAACAUUGUCAGUUUAUGCCAGUUUCUAUUCUUUUAUUGUGAUUUGCAUUGUUCUGUCUUUUUGUUGCAUUUUAGUUCAUUAACUAUUACUGUACAUGUUAACUGUUGAGUGUGUUUUGCACUGUCCAAUAACUUUGCAGUGCUGAGCUUUAUGUAUUUUAGUCACUGGCAGUGAAAAUGAGUUUAUGCUGUGCACACUGCGGCAUGUGGUGGUUCAGGUUACAUGCUAGCACAUACACAUUACACUGGCUUAAUAGUUGGCCUCUGAAGGCACGAACUGUAAAUUAAAAUAGUUUUUAGAUUUCCCAUCACGCUGUCAACCUCAGUAAUGACAUCAUUACUCUAGUCCAAUCAUCUUUCAUGGAGCCGAUCAAACUCUGCUUCGCGUGGUGUAAAUCUGUGCUCUCCAUUAUUUCCCUCUCGGACUCUCUUUCAUGCACCCCGCCUCCUCCCAUCUCCACCUCACACAGGGAGGUCCUUUCCUAAAUCCUCCCACCGCUGAGAAGCUGUCCUGCCAUGACGAGGUCAUCGGACUCUAAUCUCCAUCGUAUCUCAAUAAAUCAUGUUCAUGUCUUCUAAGUCAGCGGCCCCCAACCUUUU